GUAAAUGCAAAUCAAUAACCAUUAUGACACUGCCAUGACAUCCUUUCAUGUCCACUAUAGAAGUGCAGAAAACUGCAAAUGUGGUUCUUAAAGCUGUGUUGUAAUUAUAAGAAAUCUUCUCCUACCCACUAUAUCUAAUUCUUUAGCACUAAGGCUGGGCCUAUGUUGAGAUCUGCUACUGGUUCUCCUAGUCCUGUCCAAGCAAUGACAUCAUGGCAAGAUUUUGUGGAAAAGCAGCUCAUGGUGGAGCUCUCUAAUGGUUCAAGGCUUUCCUCGGCUGCCAUUGUUGGUCAGGAUGGCCUUCUCUGGGCUCGAUCUCAUACCUUCCCUCCUGUAAUUCCAGAAGAAAUAGUGAAGAUAAUGAAAGGUUUUGAAGAUUCUGGAGAGAUGGGAGAAUUCGGUAUCCAUGUGGGAGGAAUUAAGUACAUUUUUAUUCAAGGUGAUCCAGGGCAAGUUAUCCGAGGAAGGAAGGUGCACGGUGGAAUAACGAUAAAGAAGACACGAAGGGCCCUUGUGAUGGGAAUAUAUGAAGAGCCAGUGGCACCAAGUGAAUGCAAUAUGGUUGUAGAGAAGCUUGGAGACUAUCUUAUUGAACAAGGAAUAUAAAUCAACCGUUCAUUGUUCCAAAAUCUUAUAUGAAUUUAUUUAAAUUCAUAUUAAAGAUUAUGGAGACUCUGUUAUACUGAUAUGUUUGAAAAAAGUAAAACCUUAAUACA